CAAUGAUAAAAGUUUAGUAUGUGUUUUUCUAACUUUUUCCUCUGUGCUCACACAGACGCAUAUAAUGACAAAUGCAUCAUCCAGUUUAAGUUCAUGCUGUGUGUUAACUCUACCAUUUGCUUUUUUUUUUUCUCACUUAACACGUUAUGGUGGCCAUUUCUGCAAUUUCUUAUGUGUAGAUCUAAUCCAUUAUUUUUAAUAGCAUAAUGUUCUAACAGUAUUAGCCCUUUCUCUACUGAUGGACAUUCAGCCUAUUUCCAUUUGUUUUCUUGUUUUAAUCACUGUAAACAAUGCUGCAAUAAAUAUUAUUAUAUGUAAAUCCACACUGGUGCAUUUAUUUUUGCAGGAUAAAACUGUAGGGAUCUUGAGGCAUAGAAUAUGUGGUGUGUACUAUUAAUGUUAGCAGUUACUUUCCCCAAAACUUGUAGAAAUGUAUGUUCUGCCACUUACCAAAUCCUUGCCUGUCCUGGAUGUUAGCAAUCUUUUAAUUUUUUGCCAAUCUGAGGAUGAAAAAUGGUAUCUGUAAGUGUGCUCUCUUUUGUUCCCCUCCAAUCUAUUCUCUAUUUGGCAGCGAUCUUUAAAAAAAAAAAAAAAAAAAAACUUUACCAUGUCAUCUCUCUGCUCGAAAUGCCUCAUUUAUUUCCCAUCACUCUUAGAAUCAUGGCUAAGAGUCACGCUUGGACAUGGCCAAAAAGCAACUUGUGGUCUAAUUUCUGCCUCUCUGGUGGGGUUUUCGCCCAGUAGGGCUUUCCUCUCCUGAGAAAUCAAGAUGACAUAUUAGUUUGUUUGCUGGUAUGAGUCUCAGAGGAAGCUACUCCUUUUUAAAUGUGACUAACUUAUGCCUGAAAGGAAUAAUUAUUUCUAUUUUAUUUGCCUUGAUGGAAGCGCUUUUCCAAUUGCUUCAGGCUGAUCAUUUAGAGUAAACAGGGAAGCAUAGUACUUGUCAAAAAAGCAUGUUAGGGCGACACCUUGGCUCCUGAGGAACAGGCAGAAAGUCUGAUUAUAAAUGUAGGGGGAGGUUGCGUCUCUUGUUUUUAAGUUGGACUUUUAAAAUGGAAGCUGCCUUUAAUGUGCUGGUUUGUAGAACAGGAAAUCUGAUUUUCAGUGUGAUAACACAUUCUUUGACAUUAACCAGUACAGUUGGAUUUUUAAUGACACUUUCAUCUUCAAAGCUCUUCACCAACAGGGUGGAUUAAUUAUUCAUUUUUUAGUUAUGUUUUAAAAAGACAGUCUUCAAAGCCAUCAUCCUUUCUCCUUGGAAAUGGGGCUCUCCCCCUUUCAAAUGUUGCUUUCUCACCCUCAAGGGUGAAAAUAAAUUGCAUCUCUCUCUUUUUUUUUAAACAAAAAUAAUACAAUAGAAAUAUACUCUUUACACUAUGGAGAGAUGAUGUCCUUAUAUCCUGGGUGGGAUUAGAAGAGGUCUGGAAGCAGUGUUUAAGCUGUGUUUACAGUAAGCACUGAGAAAUAACUUUGGCUAAAAGUAUUUGUUACUGCUCAGCCUUUUGAUGUGCUCUUAAAAAGUAGCACAAAUACAUCACCGCCCAGUCUUCAACAUAAUAAUAUGCAGACCCUUAUAUUUGUUGCUAAAGUGUAUUUCUUUUCUGUUGCCUUCAAAAAAUGUCUACUUGGGUUUUUUAAAGGUUUAGUUUUGGAGAAGAAAACCCUCAAACUUUCCACGAGGUCCUCCCUGACUUGACACAUUUUUUAACCACAAGGGAGCAGUCUUCCCUUUGAUGAGGUCUUCUCUCCAACUCUCCAGAAAUGAAAGAGCAAGUGUAAGUUUGCAAACAGUCUAAAAGCUCCUUCCAUUAGCCCUGGACGCCGGAAACCACAAAGGGCAGUCAAGUUUUGAUUUUCAAGGAGAAAGCCUCUGGUAAACUUUCGCUCAGCCGCCAGUAGAUCUGUUGGUUCCUGGGAGGAGCUCUUCUGAAACCUUGAAGAUUUCUGUGUUCAUGAAGACCCAGAGCGGUGGAUUACAGUAAUUGUAAAGCUUUUGAUGGCUUUGGAAGAUCACCCAGUGUUUGGUGUGCAUUCUCAUUUCCAGGCCACGAGAUCGAAGAGAGGAACCCCUUUUGUUAUCUUUUGAAAUAAGAAGAUCAGAAGGGAAGAGAGGGUUUGAAGUGUGGAUUAGGGGGGGUCCUAAAUCUUUGCCUAUCACCUUCUCCUGGAUCAUUAUAAAAAGAUCGAGGAGUGCAAUGAACUUAGGGAAUCCUACAACGUUUUCUUAAAACUUGUUCUGAAACCUAGCUUCCGGGCCCAGAAACUUCUCCAAAAGCUGACCAGCAGUGUCAGGCAGUCUGAAUGGACCAGGAUCUCCGCUUUGAAGAUUUUCAGUCUCAUCUUCUGCUGGGAGAUUCAUCUCUGGGGUGAUUGGUUUUCUCUUUGGCGAAUGAUGGAGAAACGUCCACAGGCCGGACUGCUGACCCGGCCGUAUCACCUGCGCCGGGUGCCCCUGGGCUUGCCGAGGUCCCUGCCCCGCCUCCCCCUGCGGGACUCCUUCAGAGUCUCCGUGAGUCUGGACCCCGCGAGCUGGGAGCCGGCGCUCAGCGGCGGCGGCGCCCCGAGGCGGCCCUACCUGCCCCUCCGGCUGGACGGCGCCUUCGAGCCCGCCUUUCUCCGCAAGCGCAACGAGCGCGAGCGGCAGCGGGUGCGCUGCGUGAACGAGGGGUACGCGCGCCUCCGAGACCACCUGCCCCGCGAGCUGGCGGACAAGCGCCUCAGCAAAGUGGAGACUCUCCGCGCCGCCAUCGGCUACAUCAAGCAGCUCCAGGAGGUGCUGGAGCGCCACGCGCGAGGACAGGAGGGUGCGGUCGGUGCCGGCUCCUCGCGCAGGGCCGAAUGCAACAGCGACGGCGAGUCCAAGGCCUCAUCGGUGCCUUCGCCCAGCAGCGAGCCCGAGGACGGGGCCAGCUAGCGAGCGCCCGCCCGGCCCAGCCCGCUCCCGCGGCUCUGCGCGCAUUUGGCGUCUGCUCUAAGGUUCCCUCCGGAGCUGUACCAGAUUCAACGGCUUCCUGAUGGAUCAACGGGUAAAGAAUGCGCCUGCAAUGCCGGAGAUGCCGGUUUGAUCCCUGGGUCCGGAAGAUCCCCUGGAGAAGGAAAAUGGCAACCCACUCCAGUAUUCUUGCCUGAAAAAUCCCAUGGACAGAGGAGCCUGGCAGAGGUAAUUAACAGUCCAUGGGGUCUCAAAGAGUCGGAUACGACUGACUGAGCGACUAUGCACGUACCAGACUCUGAACUGCUCAAAACGGUAAUUUGCCACAGUCAGCAGGGGUGGGUAAAUUAGGGAUGUAAAUACUGAAACAAAAUUCAACCAAAAACCAAAGAAGAACUUUCAGAACUAACUAAAUGACAGCCCUAAGAUGAGAGGAAAGGUUUUCCUGCCUUUGGGAACUGAUGAGAAAUGCAGUGACGCCGUGCUUUGGAUGAAGGUGAUCCUAGGCUGACACUGGAGAGCACGUUUGAAAGAGCCAGCCAGACCAGCCUGGGCUGUUGACUGAGCGUGUUGAACCUCGGUACUAGAAAAAAACAUUACAUAUUUGAAACAUCCUGUUUUACCAAAAAGUGGCCAUGUGAAUAAUAACAUAUGUUAGUAUCAAUGAUCUUUUUGGAAGAGAACUCAGAUUUGUAUGAAAACUUAUUUCUCCAGUUGUGUCCAUUUUCCUUUCAUCUCCCCUUGUUCUCACUCCACCUAACCUUCAGUUAAAGGAACACUGUGACUGUAAAAUAGAAAAGGGAAAAGGACCUGCUCCUUUCAACCAGAUUGAAGGGGAAGGAGGGAUGGAGGCUGGUGCAUUCUCAAACUUCUAUCACCUUGAGGGCUUUCAACCAAACUGCAAUUGAAAGAAUUUGACAGUCUUUUAAAAAUACUUAAUUCUGGUCUUUUGUUUGUUUGUUUGUUUCCUGAGAAACAAUUAUAAAUUCAGUAGGUAAGUCAAAUGCUUGUUGACAUAUGAAGAUAAGCUUCCUCUCGUUUGAGUCCCUCUCAAGUUUUCUAAUAUGCCGCAUUCCCCUUUCCACAGAGACAGCUUUGCUAAUAAGGGGGUGGGGAGGUGGAGGAACCAGGAUAAGGAUGAAAAGAGAAAACUAACAAGGGUGAGCCUUUUCCAGGUAUUCACUGAAGUUCUACACUGAGGUAGGUUUUAUUACCCCCUUUCUUCAGAUAUGUGAACCAAGGGAUGCUAAUAAGCAAUGAACAUCUUUUCAGAAAUUGUGCUGCUUUUCAGAUUUUGCCCAAUUUAUUCUCAUAAAUCUGUGAGGUGGGUAUUAUAUGUAUUUGGAGUUAAAAAAAAAAAAAAAAAAAGACUGGGAGAGAUUACAUGCCUUGCCCAGGUUAGUGUUUCAAGAAUUAGCUGAGCUGAGAUCUAGUCCAAAGUCGGCCUAACCCCAAAGCCCAGGCUUGCUUCUCUCUGACUUCUCUCCCCUGCCCUGUCAUUUGCCAGCUGGGUGACUGAGCAAAUGCUCCUUAAACUCCCUGCAACUCAGCUUCCUUGUCCUUGUCCUACUAUUUCACAGAAGCGUAAAUUAAAGACCUUGGUAAUCUGCAAGCUACAAUCCAAUGAUUAAGUUAGUAGUGUUAUUUAUUAGCUCUAUGGAAAGUAGGCCUGGUUAAAAAAUGAUCUCUAGAUGGAGUGUGAUUUCCUCAGUGUUUCAGAAGCAGGGUAGAGUAAACCACUCUUCAUUAGCAUUCUAUCUUCUAUUGUAAGGUCCUAGGAGACAUGACUGGUUAAAUGCUGAAUCCAUGUUAAAAUGUAUUAUUGAUAUUUAUCAUGAUGAAUUAUGGGAUUCUAUUGUUUCUGGCUGCUCAGAUAAAUGCUGUACCAUGAUUUACCACCAAGCUUUACUUUUUCUUAAGAAGCAAGUGGCAAUUUGUGGUUUGAAUGAGCAAGAAACAGCUAUUUUCCUACCCAUUACUUAGUUACAUUCUCACAAACUCCUGUAAUGUAUCCAUUUUGUUCUCCAAGCCAUUCUUACUCCAGUGGGGGUUUCAGUGAAGCAAGUACGUAUAGAUGAGAUAUAUUUUCUAAUUAAGAAAAAGAGAAAACACUCAUGUUAUUAUACCUUCCUGGCUGAGUUGGAGGAGGGGCGAACUAACCACGCUGUUCAUUGGAGAACCUUGAGAGACUCUUCUCAGGAGUCUUCUAUAGGUGAUAACACUGUUCAUUCCUUUUUUCUGCUCCAGCUAAUGGGCAGGCAUGUUGACAUUCUCUUUUCUAUAGUAGUAAUAAUAAUAAAGUAUACUUUCUUAAUCUGUACAGGUUAUGUGGUUGCUUUCAAUACAGGAAAAAAGAAAUAUUUUUUUUUCAUUUACUUCUUCAAAAUAUGUGUUAUGAAAUGUGUGAAUAAAUAUACUAUACUUGGCGGACAUGAGUGGUUUACAAAGAUAACAGGGGCUUCUCUAGCGGUCCAAUGGCUAAGACUUCAAGCUCCCAAUGCAGGUUCAAUCCCUGGUCAGGGAAGUAGGUCCCACAUGCCACAACUAAAGAUCCCGAGUGCUGCAGCUAAGACCUGGUGUGGCCAAACAAAUUUUUUUUUUUUUUAAAAAAAAGGGGUGGGGGGAGAGGACAAAGCAGUUUUAAAACAGAACUUUCUUUCUGGAUAAAAUGCCUUGAGAGACAUCUGGUGAGACUUUUGUUUUCAGUCCUAUUGAGAAUAAAGCAAUGAUUUUGAGAAACCUUUUGGAAUAAUAAUAAAAUCCCAUGUCAAUCAUGUAACUUUUUUUAAAGGGGGAAAAAAAAUCAGGCAGUUUUUCUGCAACUUUCCUAAUGGCAUAGGGAGGCAUGCCAAUCCAAGAAUAAGACCUCUUAAAAUGUUCAAUCUUCCCCUUCUAUGAUUGAACAUCUAACUAACCAUGGAACAAUUUGAUUUUCAGGAAUUCCCCAGUGGGCCAGUGGUUAGGACUCUGAGCUUUCACUGCUCAGAGGAUCCAGGUCCUUUCCCUAAUCAGGGAAUUAGGAUCCUGCAAGCUGUGUGGCAAAACUGAAAAAAAAAAAAAAGACUCAAAAAGGACAAAAUUACCAAGUGACAUAAACGCAAUGGAGUGAAUGGGAGUUUUAGGGAAAUGAUGCCUUCAUGAAAGGAGAAACAUUAAUGUCAUUCAAGAUCUUGUUUCUUUGGAUACUCAGCCCAAAUAUAGUAAUUAAUUAUACUGUAUUGCUUCUGGAAUAUUCAUAACACUGAUUAACAACUGUGACAACUUACCCCCACCCUGAGGGUGCAAAGGCAGAGGGGCUGUCGCGGGGUGUGGGCAACUUUGCCCUCCGGCUUGGUCUCUCACCAAUCUGGUAACCUUGGGCGAGUCCCUAACUUCAGUGAUCUCACGUCCCCAUGCUAGAGCACAUGAAGAUUGGACUGCAUGAUCUUUUAGGCCUUCAAGCUGGAAGAUGCCUUUCUUCUGAUCUGUGUGAGAUCCUACACUAGGGGAAACAUGGUGGUAAGACAGGCCCACUUCCUGCCACACAGCUCAGUGGCUCUGUGCUUGUGUCAUCUCUUCCUACUGGAAAGAUCCAGUCCCAGAGCAGCCGUUUAUGCUUUACUGAAUCCUAACUGCUAUCACAAUGCUUCAUUUUAAAAAGGCAAGCUUCAUAAUCUUAUGUGGAGUAGACUUUGAAGAAUCUUACGAUCUGGAAGAAAAAUGAACCCAUUUCAACCUCAGUAUGAAAAAGGGUGUGUGUUGGAACUGGUGUUCAAAAUGAAAAAUGUUAUGACACAGAGAAAAGAGGCAUUUAUUUUAUCUUCAAAUGAGCAGAGGACUAGGAGGAAAGGCAUGGGGGGAUAUAGCCUUAGGCAUAUGGAAUACACUGGAUUUCUCCCUAAAAGCAAGGAACUGUAUUUAGAG